AAUAAAGCUUUGGCAGAACGCGUGGGGGAUCAUACAGCACGGACCGUCUGUGUUUGCUAAAGUAGCACUAGCUUCUCCAAACGGUUCCGUGUGGACACACACCCACACUAGUAUAACAAUUUUUUUUGUAUCUUUAUUAAACUUUUCGGUUGAAGUCGUGAAAACAUGGCAGAGAGCGACUGGGACACCGUGACUGUGUUGAGGAAGAAGGGGCCGACAGCUGCCCAGGCCAAAUCCAAGCAGGCUAUCACGGCUGCUCAGAGACGUGGGGAGGACCUUGAGACAACCAAGAAAUGGUCUGCAGGGCAAAACAAGCAGCAUCUUGUGACGAAGAACACGGCCAAACUUGACCGGGAAACAGAGGAGCUGCAUCAUGACAGGGUCAGCCUUGAUGUGGGCAAGGUGAUUCAGAAAGGCAGACAGGACAGAGGUCUUACCCAGAAAGAUCUGGCCACUAAAAUUAAUGAGAAACCUCAAGUCAUUGCGGACUAUGAGGCUGGAAGAGCAAUUCCCAACAAUCAGGUCAUGGGCAAGAUUGAGCGAGCAAUCGGGAUGAAACUGCGUGGGAGAGAAAUUGGCCUCCCUUUGGAGCCCAAGAAGAAAUGAACACAAAGCCUCGAAAUCAGCCCAUCCCCAGCACUCACAUUUCCCACAACUGAAACCUGAGCUCCUUCCCGACCCCCUCCAUGACCUCCUCUACCGAACCUCUCCUCCUCUGGUCCUUCUUCCUCCUUCCCUUCCUUCUCUUACCUGGGCUGAUCUCACCCAGGUCCUACAUGAGGACCUGUGGUUCCACUGCAUCACAUGCUGCAUAUUAUUAACAAGUCAUUGAGUCAGAAAACACUUUUUGACCACAAAAGUAAACAAACGAUAGAAUGAAUGAUUUUUUUUAAGCAUCACAAACUUUAAAGGAUGAAGUCAUGACCAAACAAUUAAGUUUGACUUAACUGAGCAUGAUGUUAAUCCAAAACUGCUUAAUUGCAUCUUUUUUCACACACUCAAGACAGUGUGUGGUUAUCAUUAGUGUUUUCAGGCUGUGCUUUGUUUUGAACCUAAAAUAAAGUUUGGCACCUCA